GUAGAUAGGCAUAAAGGGGUACUAGAAGGCGUGGAUUGCUCUUUCUUAUUUGGCGGCUUUACGCGCAGCACCCAAGGUUGGCAACCAUGUCUCUCAGCAUGCGAAGCACCCUGGCUGGACAGACACUAGCAUUUAAGCCUGCUAAUGUUCAGACACGCGUUGCACGCGUGCUGACCGUGGAUGCCAAGAAGGUCUGUGACCUUACUGGCAAGAAGCGCAACAAGGCGAACUCAGUCUGCUUUUCUAACAAGAAGAGCAGGAAGUGGCAAGAGCCCAACCUGCAGAACAAGAAGGUAUUCUGGGAGGAGGGCCAGCGCUGGGUGAAGCUCCGCAUUUGCACCAAGGCCAUUAAGACGCUGGAGAAGAAUGGCCUUCAAUCUAUGGCAGCGGAGGCUGGUAUUAACCUCUGGAAGCUGCCUUUUGAGGACGCGCGACCGCAGCGCAAGGCUUACCUUGCUGAGAACGAGGGCAAGGUGCCCGUGGCCCAGAACCUCCGUGCCAUGAGGAACCCGGAGAAGCUGGCGGCUUCCAAGAAGCAGCCCAAGUACCCGGUGUACGACGAGGGUGGCCGCAUCAUCUUCAUUCGCCCCGGCAGUGAGGACUUGAUAUUCGGCAAGAAGGAGGAGCAGGCGGCGGCGCCUGAGCAGCAGGAGCUGAAGAUCACGCUGACGGAGUGAGCAGCACCUGCAGCAGCGGCUUUGCCGCAGACGUGACGAGGAC